AUGGAAGAAAAAAAAGAACAGGACACAAUAUAUGGAAUCCCAGUCAAGGACUACAUAAACAGUGAAGUACCAAUUUUAGAAGAAAAGACAGAAGAGAAGACAGAAAAAAAGACUGCAAUCCAGGAAAGCAUAGAAAAGAUACAAAAAGAGCAGGCAGCAGUGGAGCACAAGAUGCAGGAGAUAUAUGGCACGGUUGUAAAGAAGUUCGCCAGUUUAGGGAUAGACGUGCAUAGGUGCACUAAGCUAGAUAUCCAGGGUGCUGAUAUGGUGCAGGAGGUGGAGAGCUUAAAGGAAUUUCAUGCUGUAAAAGAAAGCAAUGCAAGGGCACUUCUGAGGCUGAAAACCAGCAAAACAUCUGAGAAGCUUCUAAAGGUCGCAGAAGGAAUAGAUGAAGUAUGCAUCUCUCUAAAGAGCUGGGCUGAGAGAGUUAAAGCAUCUGUAGAUGACAUAGAAAAGGUCAUCCAAGCAAGAACAACAAUAAGCGAACUGCUUGCUGGUGAAUACAUUGCAGACCGGUAUAGGGCAUUUGCAGACAGAACAGAGCCACUUACAGAAAUGCUUGAAAGUGCAAAGGCAGUAGUUGAAGCAAAUGCAAACAUCUACACAGAAAAAGAAAAAGAAGAGAUGCUCUUCUCUGAAAGCUUUAUAACAAUGACAACAAAAGAAGAAAAGGCUUUUAUGCAUCUGAUCCUCCAACUUAAGAAUUAA